UGACCUGUGGGAAGUGGCAUUGGAUUGCCGGGGAGGGGAAGCUCCUAGCAGCCCCACCUCCCCAGGGAAAGGCAGCCCUCUGAGGCUGAAAAUUUAUUGCCAGGCAGCUUUGCCAGCCAUUCUGAGUGUGCAAGUCAUUCAUGGGACAAUCCUGCCUUUCUCCACCAGGGACUCUUCCUCAGGGAGGACUUGGCGAAUUUUAUUCAAGCAAAUUUUAAGAAACGAGAAUGUGUCUUCUUUACCAAAGAUUCCAAGGCCACGGAGAAUGUGUGCAAGUGUGGCUAUGCCCAGAGCCAGCACAUGGAAGGCACCCAGAUCAACCAAAGCGAGAAAUGGAACUACAAGAAACACACCAAGGAAUUUCCUACGGAUGCCUUUGGGGAUAUUCAGUUUGAGACACUGGGGAAGAAAGGGAAGUAUAUCCGUCUGUCCUGCGACACGGACGCAGAAAUCCUCUACGAGCUGCUGACGCAGCACUGGCACCUGAAAACACCCAACCUGGUCAUUUCCGUGACCGGGGGCGCCAAGAACUUCGCCCUGAAGCCGCGCAUGCGCAAAAUCUUCAGCCGGCUCAUCUACAUCGCUCAGUCCAAAGGUGCUUGGAUUCUCACGGGAGGCACCCAUUAUGGCCUGAUGAAGUACAUCGGGGAGGUGGUGAGAGAUAACACCAUCAGCAGGAGUUCAGAGGAGAAUAUUGUGGCCAUUGGUGUAGCAGCUUGGGGCAUGGUCUCCAACCGGGACACCCUCAUCAGGAAUUGUGAUGCUGAGGGCUAUUUUUCAGCCCAGUACCCUAUGGAUGACUUCACGAGAGACCCUCUGUAUAUCCUGGACAACAACCACACACAUUUGCUGCUCGUGGACAAUGGCUGUCAUGGACAUCCCACCGUGGAAGCAAAGCUCCGGAAUCAGCUAGAGAAAUACAUCUCUGAGCGUACUAUUCAAGAUUCCAACUAUGGUGGCAAGAUCCCCAUUGUGUGUUUUGCCCAAGGAGGUGGAAAAGAGACUUUGAAAGCCAUCAAUACUUCCAUCAAAAGUAAAAUUCCUUGUGUGGUGGUGGAAGGCUCGGGCCAGAUCGCUGAUGUGAUCGCCAGCCUGGUGGAGGUGGAGGAUGCCCUGACAUCUUCUGCCGUCAAGGAGAAGCUGGUACGCUUUUUACCCCGCACCGUGUCCCGGCUGCCGGAGGAGGAGACUGAGAGUUGGAUCAAAUGGCUCAAAGAAAUUCUUGAAAGUUCUCACCUAUUAACAGUUAUUAAAAUGGAAGAAGCUGGGGACGAAAUUGUGAGCAAUGCCAUCUCCUAUGCUCUAUAUAAAGCCUUCAGCACCAAUGAGCAAGACAAGGAUAACUGGAAUGGGCAGCUGAAGCUUCUGCUGGAGUGGAACCAGCUGGACUUAGCCAAUGAUGAGAUUUUCACCAAUGACCGCCGAUGGGAGUCUGCUGACCUUCAAGAAGUCAUGUUUACGGCUCUCAUAAAGGACAGACCCAAGUUUGUCCGCCUCUUUCUGGAGAACGGCUUGAACCUGCGGAAGUUUCUCACCCACGAUGUCCUCACUGAGCUCUUCUCCAACCACUUCAGCACCCUUGUGUACCGGAAUCUGCAGAUCGCCAAGAAUUCCUAUAAUGAUGCCCUCCUCACGUUUGUCUGGAAACUGGUUGCAAACUUCCGAAGAGGCUUCCGGAAGGAAGACAGAAAUGGCCGGGACGAGAUGGACAUAGAACUCCACGACGUGUCUCCUAUUACUCGGCACCCCCUGCAAGCUCUCUUCAUCUGGGCCAUUCUUCAGAACAAGAAGGAACUCUCCAAAGUCAUCUGGGAGCAGACCAGGGGCUGCACUCUGGCAGCCUUGGGAGCCAGCAAGCUUCUGAAGACCCUGGCCAAAGUGAAGAACGACAUCAAUGCUGCUGGGGAGUCCGAGGAGCUGGCUAAUGAGUACGAGACCCGAGCUGUCGAGCUGUUCACUGAGUGUUACAGCAGUGAUGAAGACUUGGCAGAACAGCUGCUGGUCUAUUCCUGUGAAGCCUGGGGUGGAAGCAACUGUCUGGAGCUGGCAGUGGAGGCCACAGACCAGCAUUUCAUCGCCCAGCCUGGGGUCCAGAAUUUUCUUUCUAAGCAAUGGUAUGGAGAGAUUUCACGAGACACCAAGAACUGGAAGAUUAUCCUGUGUCUCUUUAUUAUACCCUUGGUGGGCUGUGGCUUUGUAUCAUUUAGGAAGAAGCCUGUUGACAAGCACAAGAAGCUGCUUUGGUACUAUGUGGCAUUCUUCACCUCCCCCUUCGUGGUCUUCUCCUGGAACGUGGUCUUCUACAUCGCCUUCCUCCUGCUGUUUGCCUACGUGCUGCUCAUGGAUUUCCAUUCGGUGCCACACCCCCCUGAGCUGGUCCUGUACGCGCUGGUCUUUGUCCUCUUCUGUGAUGAAGUGAGACAGUGGUACAUAAAUGGGGUGAAUUAUUUUACUGACCUGUGGAAUGUUAUGGACACGCUGGGGCUUUUUUACUUCAUAGCAGGAAUUGUGUUUCGGCUCCACUCUUCUAAUAAAACCUCUUUGUAUUCUGGACGAGUCAUUUUCUGUCUGGACUACAUUAUUUUCACUCUAAGAUUGAUCCACAUUUUUACUGUAAGCAGAAACUUAGGACCCAAGAUUAUAAUGCUGCAGAGGAUGCUCAUCGACGUGUUCUUCUUCCUGUUCCUCUUUGCGGUGUGGAUGGUGGCCUUCGGCGUGGCCAGGCAAGGGAUCCUCAGGCAGAACGAGCAGCGCUGGAGGUGGAUAUUCCGUUCGGUCAUCUACGAGCCCUACCUGGCCAUGUUCGGCCAGGUGCCCAGUGAUGUGGACGGUACCACGUAUGACUUUGCCCACUGCACCUUCACUGGGAAUGAGUCCAAGCCACUGUGUGUGGAGCUGGAUGAGCACAACCUGCCCCGGUUCCCUGAGUGGGUCACCAUCCCCCUGGUGUGCAUCUACAUGUUAUCCACCAACAUCCUGCUGGUCAACCUGCUGGUUGCCAUGUUUGGCUACACGGUGGGCACCGUCCAGGAGAACAAUGACCAGGUCUGGAAGUUCCAGAGGUACUUCCUGGUGCAGGAGUACUGCAGCCGCCUCAAUAUCCCCUUCCCCUUCGUCGUCUUCGCUUACUUCUACAUGGUGGUGAAGAAGUGCUUCAAGUGUUGCUGUAAGGAGAAAAACAUGGAGUCUUCUGUCUGCUGUUUCAAAAAUGAAGACAACGAGACUUUGGCAUGGGAGGGUGUCAUGAAGGAAAAUUACCUCGUCAAGAUCAACACGAAAGCCAACGACACCUCAGAGGAAAUGAGGCAUCGAUUUAGACAACUGGAUACAAAGCUUAAUGAUCUCAAAGGUCUUCUGAAAGAAAUUGCUAAUAAAAUCAAAUAAAACUGUAUGAACUCUAAUGGAGAAAAUCUAAUUAUAGCAAGAUCAUAUUAAGGAAUGCUGAUGAACAAUUUUGCUAUCGACUACUAAAUGAGAGAUUUUCAGGCCCCUGGGUACAGGAUGGAUGAUUUUUAAUCACCCUAGUGUGCUAAAACCUUGAGAAAGUGUGUGAUUGGUUUCACACGUGAAGAUAGAUAUAAAGGAAUAACAUUUCCUUCACGUGUUUCUCCAGAAUGGUGCCUGUUUCUCUCUGUGUCUCAGUGCCUGGGACUGGAGGUUGAUAGUUUGAGUGUGUUCUUACCACCUCCUUUUUCCUUCAAUCUUAUUUUUGAUGAACACGUAUAUAGGAGAACAUCUCUCCUAUGAAUAAGAACCUGGUCAUGCUCUACUCCUGUACUGUGUCUUUGUUUAUUUCCAAUUGAUUGUCUACUUUUCUCUUUUUUGUAUUAUGUGACUGAUUAGUUGGCAUUUUGUUAAAAGUCUCCCAAAUUAGGCCAGAUUCUAAAACAUGCUGCAGCAAGAGGACCCUGCUCUCUACAGGAAAAGUGUGUUCAUUUCUCAGGAUGCUUCUUACCUGUCAGAGGAGUGACGAGGCCGUCUCUUGCUCUCUUGGACUCACCAGGCUCCUAUUGAAGGAACCGUCCCCUUUCCUAAAUAUGUGAAAAGUCACCCAAAAUCAACCUUGAAAGGCACUAAUGACUUUGUUCUUAUUGGAUACUCCUCUUAUUUAUUAUUUUUUCAUUAAAAAUAAUAGCUGGCUAUUAUAGAAAAUUUAGACCAUGUAGAGAUGUAGAAAGAACAUACAUUGCCCCCCAUUACCUUAAGGUAAUCACUGCUAACAAUUUCUGGAUGGUUUUUCCAGUCUAUUUUUUUUUCUAUGUAUGUCUCAAU